AUGCGUCGCCUCCUCAGGGCCCUGCUGCCGCUACAGCUAGUCGUGCUCGUGGCCACGGGGGCCCCCGAGGCGCCGGUGAACGCACCGCGGAGCCUGGUGUGGGGGCCGGGGCUGCAGGCGGAUGUCGUUCUGCCCGUCCGCUAUUUCUACCUGCAGGCGGUCAACUCGGAGGGCCAAAACCUUACUCGGUCGCCCCCAGGUCAAACGCUGUUCAAAGUGGUAAUCAAAUCUCUUUCACCUAAAGAGUUAGUCCGGAUUCAUGUAUCUAAACCAUUGGACAGGAAUGAUGGAACAUUUUUGAUGAGAUAUAGGAUGUAUGAAAGUGUCAGUGAAGGACUGAAGAUAGAGGUUCUUUAUGGUGAUGAACAUGUAGCUCAGUCUCCCUAUAUUUUGAAAGGACCAGUGUACCAUGAAUACUGUGAGUGUCCAGAAGAGGAUCCUCGGGCCUGGCAGAAAACUCUUUCAUGUCCAACCAAGGAACCGCAGAUUGAGAAAGAUUUUCUUUCCUUCCCCAACAUCAAUCUCCAGCAGAUGCUAAAUGAAGUUCCAGAAAGGUUUGGGGAUGAGAGAGGUGCCAUUGUUCAUUACACGAUUCUCAAUAACCACAUCUACAGGAGAUCUUUAGGGAAAUACACAGACUUCAAAAUGUUCUCUGAUGAGAUUUUGCUGUCAUUGGCAAGAAAGGUCCUUCUCCCUGAUUUAGAAUUUUAUAUUAACAUUGGAGAUUGGCCCUUGGAGCAUCGGAAAGUCAAUGAAACCCCUGGCCCUAUACCUAUCAUUUCAUGGUGUGGCUCUCUAGAUUCAAGAGAUGUUAUCCUUCCAACAUACGACAUCACCCACUCCACACUUGAAGCAAUGAGGGGUGUCACUAAUGAUCUCCUCUCCAUUCAGGGAAAUACAGGGCCUUCCUGGAUCAAUAAAACAGAGAAAGCUUUCUUCAGAGGCAGAGAUAGCCGAGAAGAAAGGCUUCAGUUGGUACAGCUGUCCAAAGAAAAUCCACAGCUACUAGAUGCAGGAAUUACAGGAUAUUUCUUUUUCCAAGAGAAGGAAAAGGAACUUGGAAAAGCAAAGUUGAUGGGUUUCUUUGACUUUUUUAAGUACAAAUAUCAAGUGAACAUGGAUGGGACCGUGGCUGCUUAUAGAUAUCCUUAUCUCAUGCUGGGCGACAGUCUGGUUCUAAAGCAGGACUCACCGUAUUAUGAGCAUUUCUACACAGCACUAAAGCCUUGGAAACAUUAUGUUCCAAUUAAAAGAAAUCUUAGUGAUUUACUAGAGAAAGUUACAUGGGCCAAGGAAAAUGAUGAAGAAGCCAAGAAGAUAGCCAAAGAAGGGCAGUUGACUGCCAGGGAUCUGCUACAGCCACACAGGCUUUACUGCUACUAUUUCAGAGUACUAGAGAAAUAUGCUGAGCGCCAGUCCAGUAAACCUGAAAUACGUGAUGGAAUGGAACUUGUUCUUCAGCCAAAUGAUAACACAUCCAUCUGCCAGUGCCUCCGGAAGAAGCCUUUAAGAGAAGACCUUUAAGUCAACCCUGGUUCACACUGCUAUAUAUGCCAGCCACAUCUUUAAGGGAGGCAUUAAGAUAGAAUCUAAGCUAUGAAGAACAGUACUGAAAACUUUACCCAGUGGACUAGUUCUCUUCGUGACUUUAUAUAACUUGGAUAUAGCAGUAUUAGUGCAAGUAUUAUCAAAUAUCUUUGUAUAUUAAUUUCUUUUGAAUAAGAACUGGCAUCAUCAAUGUCACAGUUUCUCUAAAAAGAAAAUUUGGGGAAUCAUAGAAGAUAAGCUUGCUAAAAUAUAAAUCACCCCCUACGAGAUGAAAUUAUAUUUGUAACUUUAUUUCUAUCCCUUGUUUAUUUUCCCUCUUCCCCUUCCAAUUAUGUAGAGAAUGUAUUUAUAUGAUUUUUUUUUUUAAUUUACUCAUGGCAUGAUUUCUCCUCUUACAGUCUGCUUUUGGCAUUUGGUAAUAGCAGCCUCCUUUGGGAGAGUCUGAUAAGAACAAUCAAAGAUGAGAACGAAUGUUAUUAAAAGUAGCAAUGGAGACUGGGAAGAGGAUAUUUUUUAAAGCACUGCUUAUAUAUUUUUAGCUAAAUUUCACCAGAGCUUCAGAUAAAAAUGAAGGAAAAAUUACACUUUAAGCUAGUAAUUCCCAAUCUGUCUGCCUUAUACACCUGUCAAGGGCAAUGCAGUUAUUAAAGUAGAUGGGAGCAUCUUAUGGGUACCAUUCAUCAUUUAUAUAUUGAAUAGAUAAAAAAUAACUGUAGUUGUGUAGGGAGCUUUAAUUUUUUGUAACCUUUAAAAGGGAACUUUGAAGACCA